GCACUGCCGUGCCGUCUCCGAGUAGAGUAGGCUGCUCUGCUCUGCUCUGCUUGCUGACGUGCUGUUGGCCUGAGCCUGGGCGUCGUCGCCAUCGGCAAUGGCCAUGGAGGAGCAGCAGCCACCUCCUGCUCCUGCUCCUGCGCCGCCGGAGCUGCGCUACCUCUCGGGGCUGGGCAACAGCUUCUCGUCGGAGGCGGUGCCGGGGUCGCUCCCCGUGGGGCAGAACAGCCCGCUGGUGUGCCCGCUGGGACUCUACGCCGAGCAGCUCUCCGGCACCUCCUUCACCACCCCGCGCGCCCGGAACCUCCGCACGUGGCUGUACCGGAUCAAGCCAUCGGUGACCCACGAGCCCUUCUACCCGCGGAACCCCACCAACGAGCGCCUCGUCGGCGAGUUCCACCGGGCCACCACCGUCGCCACGCCCACGCAGCUGCGCUGGAGACCCGCCGACGUGCCCCUCCACCCGGACCUCGACUUCAUCGACGGGCUCUACACCGUCUGCGGCGCCGGCAGCUCUUGCCUCCGACACGGAUACGCCAUCCACAUGUAUGCUGCUAACAAGUCCAUGGAUGGAUGCGCCUUCUGCAAUGCCGACGGUGACUUCCUCAUUGUUCCCCAGCAAGGAAGGCUAUUGAUCACAACUGAGUGCGGAAAGCUGCUCGUUUCACCCGGCGAGAUCGUCGUGAUUCCUCAAGGUUUCCGCUUUGCUGUUGACUUGCCGGAUGGCCCCUCGCGUGGCUAUGUCUCUGAGAUCUUCGGCACCCAUUUUCAGCUCCCUGAUCUUGGCCCAAUUGGUGCUAAUGGUUUGGCUUCACCGAGGGAUUUCCUUUCCCCGACAGCAUGGUUUGAGCAGGACCACCACCCUGGAUACACAAUAGUGCAGAAGUAUGGCGGUGAGCUGUUCACUGCCACGCAGGAUUUUUCUCCAUUCAAUGUGGUCGCAUGGCAUGGGAAUUAUGUCCCUUACAAGUAUGAUCUGAGUAAGUUCUGUCCAUUCAACACCGUCCUCUUUGACCAUGGCGACCCAUCGGUAAACACAGUUCUAACUGCGCCAACUGAUAAGCCUGGCGUCGCGUUGCUUGAUUUUGUAAUAUUCCCACCUAGAUGGCUGGUUGCUGAAAAUACAUUCCGGCCUCCGUACUACCACCGCAACUGCAUGAGCGAAUUCAUGGGCCUCAUUUAUGGGAUAUAUGAGGCUAAGGCCGAUGGUUUUCUUCCUGGAGGUGCCAGUCUUCACAGCUGCAUGACACCACAUGGGCCAGACACCAAGACAUAUGAGGCAACAAUCAGCCGUGCUGGUGCCAACGAGCCAUUCAGGCUCAGUGGAACGUUGGCCUUCAUGUUUGAGUCUUCGCUUAUCCCUCGCGUGUGUCGAUGGGCUCUGGAUUCCCCGUGUCGAGAUCUCGAUUACUACCAGUGCUGGAUUGGAUUGAAGUCCCACUUUUCACAUGACAACGGUGGAGUGGCGACCAUCGAGCCUGCUGCUGGCACGGAUGAGAAAGAGUAGCUAGCUGGCUUACUGCAGCAGCCUCCGAUCCUCGCUUCGCUUGUGUAUACUACUAUGUGCUCCGCUAGUUUAUAAGCUGUGUUGUGUACAAGUACAAGGUAGAAUAAAUCUUCGUCGAACGAGAGAGGCACAAGGAAACAUACAUUACAAACUCUGCUCAGCUGGCUCUUGUCUUGGGUACUCAGCUGUAAUGCUAGCUCUGCAGUCUGUAGAAUGUACUACUGUCACCAGUGUGCAUAACCAUAACGUACAGAAGCAAGCAAUUUGCAGCAAUAGCAUGGGAAUAAAUGACAGAUUACAUACAUGUGUAUAAAGGACUAUUUGAUGCGUCAGUUA